AUGUCUUCUUAUCUCAUCACUGGCGCGAGUCGUGGUCUCGGAUUCGAAUUCGUUCGGCAUCUUGCUCAGAAUCCAGAUAAUACUGUCAUUGGCCUCGUCCGGAACAAGGCCGCGGCUGAUUCAAAGGCCAAGGAAGAGGGACUUCAUAAUGUCCACAUGGUCGAGGCUCAGUAUACCGAUUUGGCGUCCUUGAAGAAAGCUGCAGAAGUGGUCAAAGGUAUCACUGCAGGGGCUCUGGACUAUCUAGUCAACAAUGCCGCCAUCAUCUCGCGUGUCACCGAAUUCAAAACCCUGGGAGAUUUUGACGAUGAUUUCGAGACUUUGGAAAAAGACCUCCUAGAAUCGCUGGAAAUCAACCUUCUAGGUGUCAUCAAGACAGUACAUGCCUUUUUACCCCUAAUCCAGAACGGCAAGGGCAAAAAGGUCAUCAGUAUCUCCACUGGUAUGGCCGAUACCGACCUGAUCAAUGCGACCGAAAUCGCUUUCGGGGCCCCGUACGCUAUCAGCAAGGGUGCCCUGAAUGUCGCCGUUGCCAACUACAAUGCCCUUUAUAACAAGGAGGGCAUUCUCUUCCUUGCCAUUAGUCCCGGAUAUGUGUCGACUGAGCGAAACAACGCUGCACCAGCACCAGAAGAUACCGACAAGGUAGCUGCCCUUGUGGGCAAGUUCGUCGAGUAUGCGCCGCACUUCAAGCGCCCUCUGACACCGGAGGAGUCAGUCACUGCUGUCCUUUCUGUCAUUGAUAAAUCCUCAGUCGCGAAUGGAGAUGGUGGUGCGUUCAUUUCCCAUUUGGGGAACAAGCAGUGGCUGUAA